UCAGCGUCACAGCAACAUUGGAACAUGAACGUGCGAUGCUGAUUCUUGUAUGACAAAUCCUCACGAAGAGAGAGAGAGAGCUGUGUCUGAAUUCUGAAAAAUUAAACCAUGUCUAUUACAACAACACAAGCUUUGACCCCCUUGUCGUCAUCACGUAAAAGUAGAAGUAGAACCACAUUUGGCGCCAAUUCCACCUCCACAAGCUUCCCCGCUACUCCACUCUCCUCCAAUCUCCUCCUCUUCAAGCUCAGUCACACUUCUUCCAAACGAACCUCAACCACCUUCCAUGCCUUCAAGCGCUUUUCCCCCGUCAUGGAGUGGCAGGAUUGCACGGUUAAGAUGGAGAUUGAUGUGCCCAUCUCUGUAGCCUAUACUUGUUAUUCUGAUCGCGAAGCCAUCCCAAACUGGAUGCCCUUUAUUUCUUCUGUUAAGAUAUUGCCAGACAAACCUGACCUGUCACGAUGGUCCUUGAAGUAUAAGGCAUUUGGUCGUGAUAUUGAAUUCUCUUGGCUUGCUCGUAAUAUGCAGCCCAUUCCAAAUCAGAAAAUCCACUGGCGAUCUAUGGAAGGUCUUCAAAACAGAGGUGCUGUGCGAUUCUAUCCAAAAGGUCCUUCAUCAUGUGUAGUAGAACUGACAGUCUCAUAUGAGGUUCCUCAACUUUUAGCUCCAGUGGCAUCGGCACUGCAACCUUUCCUUGAAGGUUUACUUACACGUGGUUUGGAAAGAUUUGCUACAUUCGCCAAAAGCUACACCUAAAUUUUAUUAUGAUUGUCCUGAUUUUUAUAGCAGGGCUACAUUUCUAAAAGUGAACAUACCUGAUUAUUUUCAUGGAGAUUUCAUUUUCUCCAAACAUUGAUUGAAUUACUGUUAAUUAAUCAUGUAUAACUCUGGUGGAUGAUCUUAAUGUAAAAUAAACGCAUCCGACAUAAUGUUAAAGGUCUCUUCUUAAACCCGCAA